UGGUGGUAGGCUCACUCAUUCACUAACAGCAGAUGCCAAGAAAAAUUAGGCGAGAGGGAAGUUGUGGCACGACAAAUGAUCAAGUACAAAUCUCGCGGCAGCAUUUGCAUGAUUGCCAGCAUGUCCGGGCUCAUCGCAAACCAUGGCCUAAUCUCACCCGUCUACAACUCUUCCAAAGCCGCCUUGAUUCAGCUAGCGCGCAAUCUGGCAAUGGAGUGGAGCCCAAUCACCAAGGAAGGGACUGGUGGCAUUCGGGUCAACUGUAUCAGCCCAGGGCACAUUAUGACACCGAUGGUACGGAAGAAUUUCGAGGAAGUACCAGGUCUGAAAGAGGAAUGGGAAAGCUUGAACAUGUUUGGUCGCCUGGCAGAUACAACGGAGUUCAAGGGCGCAGCACUCUUCCUUAUGAGUAACGCCAGCUCGUUUAUGACGGGGAGCAAUAUGAUUAUCGACGGAGGACACACUGCAUGGUAGAAAGAGAAUAAUCAGACUUCAUCGUAUCGUAUGAUUUUCCUUGGAAGCCUGAUACCAUUAAGAUCCAUCUUUUGCGCCUGUAAAGCCGGAAAGAAACCACCACAUAAUUGGUUAUUACAAUAAAUUAUCUCAGAAUAUCAGGGCGUGUACAGACGCUUGUUGCAUGAGUUUCCGAACGGCGGCAGGGUGUACCCACG